UUGGACGCUACUUUGUAUAUAAUCCACCGAACUAUUCGAUUCUAGAUCCAUUCAAUUUGCCUCUUCUAUAUCAGGAGGUACCGCCUCCUAUUUCGCCCCCCUGGUUCCCGUACCACGGUUCAUGCCAACGGCUGGCGACAUAAACAGUCGAUUCCAUCUGUCGGUCGUAGUGAGAAAGAAGUCUACUCACGACAGACCGAUCGUUUCAGAUAAAAUCUGAAUCUCAAACAUGGCUUCCGUUACGUCACUGGAUAAGGAUUUGCGCAGUCUGCGCCUGUCCCGCUAUACCCCGCAGGCUGCCGCAGAAGUCCGCAACUGGAUUGAAGAAGUCCUCCAUGAAAGACUACCAGCCGGAGAUCUUCUUGAUGCGCUCAGGGAUGGCGUCGCACUGUGCAGGCUGGUCAAUCUUGCCGUUUCCCCCGGUGUCAAGUAUAAGCAGUCAUCGAUGCCCUUUGUACAGAUGGAAAACAUCUCACACUUCCUUCGCGCGUGUCAAAUCGCACCCCUGAGCCUUCCUCCGCAUGAUGUUUUCCUCACUGUCGAUCUUUAUGAGGCCAAGGAUCCCGCACAGGUCCUGCAAUGUCUGAUGGCUUUCAGUAGGAGGGCUAAUGCUCUCCAACCUGGCAAGUUCCCUCGCACCAUUGGUCCUCAGAGCAAAGUUGGUGGUUUAAGCCCCAAUGCGACCGGUUCCAGUCAGGGCGCCCAUACACCCUCUCGGCCACGGGGGCUCAGUAACGCAAACUCCAGCGCCUCUGGAUACUCAAGCCCCGCCAAAUCUCCAGGUCCAGUGAGCAGUUGGAGCAAAAGAACGGAUGAGCAUACGACAAUGCCAGCUUGGAACAUCCACCAGUACGGCUAUAUGGGCGGUGCUAGUCAAGCCAACCAAGGGGUGGCGUUUGGUGCUCGUCGACAGAUCACGACCGCUGCACCAAAUGUACCGAGUCUAGCUGAAAAGGAGAAGCGCAGGCGUGAAGAAGAAGAGCGCCAGCGCUUAGAAUUCGAGGAGUCUGAGCGCAGACGUCAAGAGCGAGAGGCGGAAGAAAUGCGUGCGCGAGCAGAAGAAGAGCGUCGAUGGGAGGAGGAAACUGCCCGUCUAAAGGAGCAAGAGCGGCGCAAGCUUGAGGAAGAGCGAAAGCAAUGGAAUGAUCAACAGCGGCGGUGGGAAGAGGAGGAGCAGCAGCGUCAGCGCGAGGAGAGAGAAGCCGAGGCGAGGCUGGAGAGCGAGAGGCUGCGCCGUCGGGAAGUCAACGAUACCCGCCUGAAUGGACAGUUCCUCAGUCAAUACCAAGCAAGUCAAGCUACACUGAGCCAAGCUCCCGCCGAAUCCUCGGAAAGCCGGCGCAUAAGGGAACUCGAGCAAGAGUUGGAGACCGCUAAACAAAGAGAGGCAGAAUAUCAGCGCGAGCGCCAGGAGCUACAGGAAAAACAAGCCGCACCUGCUGCGACUCGUGCACCUCGCCCGGUACCUGUACCCCCUAAGCCGAGCUACGAUCUGUCCUCGCUCGACGGCGAGCCCCCUCCUUCCCUACCUUCCCUACCUUCCUUACCUCCCCGGCCACUCCCCGAGCCAGUCGCUACUUCACCCCGGCCCCUUCCGGACCCAACGCUUUAUGCUGCGAAGCCCGUGAAUCAAGAAAGUCGCGUAGAUCGUUUCCUCGCAUCUAAUCGACCUCCCGUCGCACCCAAGCCGGCCACCCAUCGCCCACAAGACUACACAACGACUGCCGAGGUCGACGCGGAAAAUAGCCGCCGCGCAGCAGCACAGCAGAAGACCAAAGCGGGCGGAUGGGCGUCCAAGUCAUUGCUGGAGCGUGAAAUGGAGCGCGAGCGCGAGCGCCAGCGUGAGUGGGAGGAGAACCAAAAGCAAACGCAACAGGCCGCUGCCAACGGCCUGAAAGAUGGUAGUCUCGGUGUUGGGCCGGGACAAGGGGCUUGGGAUGUGCACCAAUACGGCUUUAUUGGCGGUGACAACCAGAACCGCGGCGGUCCUGGCCUGGGAGUUGGAGGCGCAAGGAGACAAAUCAUUGGCCCCCGUCCUCCUCCAUGA